AUGUUGAAGCCCGCGUACGAUGCGUUCUAUAGAUCCUUCCUCCAGCUGGUUGAGAGGAAUCUGGUGCCCGAUUUUUUGCUUCGCCGCGGCAUCAGGUUCCUCCUUCGCACCAAGUGCCUGUUCCACUUCAAGAACACUGAGGAUCGGCUCAAGCACGAGAUGGAGUUCGUGGAGGACCUCCGCCUCAGGCCCGUGGCGGAGCAGACCAAGGCGGCGAACGAGCAGCACUACGAGGUUCCCACGGAGUUUUACCUCGAAUGCCUCGGAAAGCACCUAAAAUACUCCUGCUGUCUGUACAGCAAGCCCGGGAUGACCCUCGAUGAGGCCGAGCGGGAGAUGCUGCAGUGCUACGGCCGAAGGAUGAAGAUCAUGAACAGGCAGAAUAUCCUGGAGCUCGGAUGCGGCUGGGGCUCCCUGUCGCUCUGGAUGGCCCAGAUGUACCCGCUUUCGAAGAUCACGAGCGUGUCGAACUCUACGACCCAGAAGGAGUUCAUCGACGCGCGUGCCAAGGAGCUCGGCUUGACGAACCUCACCAUCAUCACCGCGGACAUGGUCACGUUCGAGGCACCUGAGGCUGGCAACUACGAUCGCAUCGUCUCCAUCGAAAUGUUCGAGCACAUGAAGAACUACGACAAGCUGUUCGAGAGAUGCACCAGGUGGCUCAAAUCUGGCGGCCUGAUGUUUAUCCACAUCUUCGUUCACAAGGACACUCCGUACCACUUCGAGGAAGAGUCCGAGGACGACUGGAUGUCCAAGUAUUUUUUCACUGGCGGCACCAUGCCCAGCGACCGCCUCUUCUGUUUUUUCGCUAAGGGUCUGCAUCUCAAACAACAGUGGAGGGUGAAUGGCAACCACUACUACAAGACCUGCGAGCACUGGCUCCAGAACCUGGACCGCAGCUACAGGAAGGGCAAGGCUAAGGCGAUUCUUGAGAAGACAUACGGAAAGGAGCAGAGCGUCAAGUGGUACGUGUAUUGGCGGUUGUUCUUCCUCUCGUGCGCGGAGAUGUUCAACUACGACAACGGUGAGGGCAAAGGGAACGAAUGGUACAUCUCCCACUACCUCUUCGAGAAGCCUUGA